AUGCAAGUGAUUCGCUCUGUCAGUCGAAAUGCGUUCAGCAACCUUGCUUUAGAAGAAUGGCUGCUAGCCAAUAGAAACUUCUCUAAUCAAAGGAUUCUGUACAUAUACGAAAAUUCUCCUUCGGUUGUCAUUGGAAGACACCAGAAUCCAUGGAUUGAGUGCAACGUCGGUCAGUGUGGUUCUCGAAAUGUUGCCAUAGUGAGACGACACAGUGGAGGUGGUGCAGUCUACCACGAUAUCGGCAACACAAACAUUUCAUUUCUAACACAAACAAAAGACUACAAUCGGGCGGCCAAUUUGGAACUUAUUGUACGAGCAAUGAAACGACACUUCAAUAUCAACUUGACUGUUUCAUCACGAGACGACUUGUUGAUUCAUGGCAAAUACAAGGUGUCCGGGUCAGCUGCUAGGAUUACACGUCGUGGUUGCUAUCAUCAUCUAACUUUGUUGGUAGAUGUGGACACAUCAGCCAUUCGAGAUAUCUUGAGAUCAAGAAUGCCUAUCAUUCAAUCUAAAGCAACACAAAGCGUCCCAUCACCUAUGGGCACUCUGAGUCAAAUCAGAGACAGUGUAACACACCAACAAGUAGCAGAUGCAGUUGCCACUGAAUUUCUAGAAACAGGCCACGCCCACACAUACUCGUCAACAAGCGUUGACCCAGAUGAGAAACGAUUCCCUGAGAUAUCAAAACUGUCAAAUGCGCUACGAGCUUGGGACUGGACGUAUGGUAAAACGCCUCCAUUUACUGUGAGAAGAGAAGCAGUUUUGCCCAUAGGAGAAAUGAAAUUGGAAUUGCAGUGCAUCCGCGGAAACAUAACAGCAGCAUCUGUUGACUGUCCAAGCCUAACAUACACUGAUUGCUCGAUAAUGUCUCAGCAUCUAAAUGGUAUGAAUAGUUCUUUGUCACAAACAAUGUUUAUAAAAAUAUGGUUUCUUCUUCAAGGACAACGUUUCUGGCCAUCUGACAUCCGUAAAGCUAUGAGUUAUGCUGCCAGGCAUCUGCGAGACAAUGGAAAUGAAAACAGUAGAUUAGCAUGUGAUUGGGUUGCUGAGAGUGUAAUGUAGUUGUAUUUAUAGUAAAGUAGGUUCAUCAGG